AGUAGUACUAGUAGUAGUGGGAGUGCUCGCAGGCUCUUUCUCGCCUCCUUCUCCUCCUGCUCCCUUUUGAUGGAUUCGCCUUCUCUCUGGAUUAUUGCUUCACCCCAUCGCGAGUGAGCUGCCGUGAAUCCUGAGAGGAGAAGUCUCCCGACGGGAGACAAGAUGGCGUCCAACAACACCCUGCGCAGCUACUCCAUCAUCCCAUGUUUCAUCUUUGUGGAGCUCGUCAUCAUGUCCGGCACGGUGUUGUUGGCCUACUACAUGGAGUGCACGGACCUGUUCAGCGUGCAUGUGCAGGGUUUCUUCUGUAAUGACGCGGAGCUGAUGAAGCCGUACCCCGGCACGGAGGAGUCCAGCUUCGUCCCCCCUCUCAUCCUGUACUGCGUGGUGGCUGCUGCUCCCACCGCUAUAAUUUUCAUCGGAGAGGUGUCCAUGUAUGUGAUGAAAUCGACGAGGGAAGCUCUCCUGGCCCAGGAGAAAACCAUUGUGACAGGAGACUGUUGUUACCUCAACCCCCUUAUCCGCCGCAUCAUACGCUUCAUAGGUGUGUUUGCGUUCGGUCUGUUUGCCACAGACAUCUUCGUCAACGCGGGCCAGGUGGUGACGGGAGGUCUUUCGCCCUACUUCCUGUCUGUCUGCAAGCCCAACUACACCGGCACCGAGUGCCGUUUCAAUCACCAGUUCAUCGUCAACGGCAACAUCUGCACCGGGAACCCCGUCGUCGUGGAGAACGCGCGCCGGUCGUUUCCAUCGAAGGACGCUUCGCUGAGUGUUUACUCUGCUGUUUACCUAACGAUGUACAUCACCAGCACCAUCAAGACCAAGUCCAGCCGCCUGGCCAAGCCCGUGCUGUGCCUGGGCACGCUCUGUUCGGCCUUCCUCACCGGCCUCAACCGAGUCUCAGAGUACCGAAAUCACUGUUCGGACGUGGUGGCCGGAUUCAUACUGGGAUCCGCCGUUGCCCUGUUUCUGGGUAUAUGUGUUGUGAACAACUUCAAAGGCGUCCACAGUGCAGCAGCUAAACAGAAAACCGAAGACUACCGUGGUCUCCCUCUGAUGACUUUCCCCCGUGUAGAGAGCCCUCUGGAGACCCUCAGCGCACAGCAAUGACACAUGUUCAAAAGAACAUACAGGCAUGAUGACAUUUUGCACUACACCCCUCCCCUCCUUCCCAAAUGCACAGAAGCAGAUACAGAACCUCACAGCAGAGCACUCCCCAUACUGGCUGACA